CCCACAACUUGGCGCUCAGGUCCCCUGUCUCUCUCAGGCUCGUGGGGAUUUUUUUACAUCUAUCUUCGACAUUCUGAUGAGAGCUGGACGAUAUCCUUCGGUGCAUAUUAGGCGCAUUUCUCAGCAGAAACCGAGUGAAAAACAUGAUUCGCAAACAAGCCCGCCAGAGGAGGGAUUACCUCUACCGCCGAGCACUCCUGUUGCGCGAUGCCGAAGUUGCGGAAAAGCGGGCGAAGCUAAGGGCUGCCCUGGCCUCAGGAAAGCCGUUGGAUUCAGAGAUUGCAAACGACAAGCAACUACGAAAGGACUACGACUACGAUGUGUCUCGGGAUGUCGCUGGCGACGACUGGCUCGACAUCGAUGACGAAUACUCAGAGCUGUCGGGCGUUGUAGGUAUGUGCUAUCGGGCUGGCUCAGGAGGCCAUACUACAAAAGUUGUUAACUUUGUUACAGACCCGAGGGUGCUAGUAACGACAUCACGAGACCCAAGUUCUAGGUUAAUGUCUUUCUCCAAGGAGAUACGACUCCUCUUCCCAACCGGUAUUCGGCUCAACCGUGGGAAUCUCGUCCUUCCGGAAUUGGUACGUUCCGCACAGAGCGAGCGUCUCAGCGAUAUUGUUCUCCUGCACGAACACCGCGGAACACCGACAGCCAUCACCAUCAGCCACUUCCCUCACGGCCCGACCCUGAUGGCCUCGCUACACAACGUGGUCCUACGAGCCGACAUCCCUCGGUCGAUAAAGGGAACGGUCAGCGAGAGUUACCCGCAUCUAAUUUUUGAAAAUUUCAAGACGCCACUCGGCCUUCGGGUCGUCAAGAUUCUGAAACACCUCUGGCCACCGCGGGACCCGACGGCCAGUAAAACGGCCGGCAAUCGGGUCAUCACAUUCGUGAAUCAGGACGACUGCAUCGAAGUGAGACACCAUGUUUAUGUCAGGACAAGCUACAACUCGGUGGAGCUGAGCGAGGUUGGGCCGCGAUUCACCAUGAGGCCGUUCUCCAUCACCAUGGGCACCCUGGAGAACAAGGAUGCGGACGUGGAGUGGCACCUCACGCAGUACACACGGACGAGCAGGAAAAAGAACUAUUUCUGAUGCUCAAUCACGGGGCGCUGUCAUCAAAAUUGACAUCAGCGUUGCUGGCCGCAGUAUGCGCCGCAUCUCGGCUGUCUAGGUCCGAGCUUCCGAAUAAGGUGCUACUCUCGGUUACAUGAUUCGGAAGAAAAUGCAGGCGGGGGAAUGCCGGCGAUGCUCAAAUACACGACCGUCUAAACAGACCGGCGGUGGGCGGGUCGAUGGCGGUCCAGUAC